UUUUUCGGCUGAAAAGGCGAAAAAGUCGCACGCUGUCGCCUGGUCCGCUUUUAUCGACGACGCGUGCUCGCCGCCUGCGACCUUGGACUGCCGUCUGCCGCGCGAACGCAGCUUUGUGCGCCGCGUUACUUUAUUGCGCCACCUCUUCCUACUUGCUUGCUUGCCAGCCCAACCAGCUGCGACAACUGCGACUGCGGUACAUUCCUACCGGCGAGCUCAACACGGCAUCGGGUCGUGGCGUUUCGAGAUAAGAAUUGAAAAAAUACCGUGCACGUAGCUACCUCCGUCAUGGAGGCCAUCGGACACAAACUCUUUCAGCUCGGCGACCCCGAGGGAAAGGGAUUCAUCGUGAGGCGAGACAUGCAAAAAUUAAAAGACGAACUCUCAAUGACGCCGGAGCAAUUGGAGAUCGUAUUUGAUACAUUGGAUGUCGAGCAAAAGGGUUACCUCACACUUCAUCAAUUUUUGGAAAAGUUCAAAGACACAGCACCAAUGAAUUUUCGGAAUAAUCGAUGGAAGGAGCAGCAAAAUAUUGUUUCGUUCAAAUGUUCUUACACUGAAGACAUCCAAACACUUUUGCAAACAAUUAAAGACACAAAUAUGAUUAAAUUGAGCAUAGGACAUUUAGAGAACAUAUGCAAGGCAGCCUCUCAAACGGAACCAGACAAUGCAGUUUCGGUGGGCCGCGUCGAAGCCUUUCUCAGAGCGCUCAACAUGGACCUUAUGAAAAUUGUCGAACGCGACAAAGAACUGGAAGAGAUGCUACAGAGCCGCGAGAUCCAACACCAAAACAACAUGCAAAAACUUUUCGAAGAACUUGAAUCGCAUUUCCGCGAAGAGCAAGAAAAGACCAAACUUGAAGACCAAAGAAAGUUUCGGUCAGAACUAACUGCGUUGGAAAACGAACUGGCCGACAAAGAGGAAAGGUUCCGAGCUGCUGUGUCAACUAGACAGGAAUUUGCGGGACAGCUAGUGGUGGCCCAACAACGUGAACUGGCGGUUAUGGCGGAAAACGCUGAACUUAUCGAAACUCGUGAAAGGCUGAUGAACGAAUUGGAUAUGGAACGAGCCAAAAUCUCUCGGUUAGAGGAAAUCAUUGAGAGGACCAAUGCAGAGUCUGCCGCAAACAAUGAGAAACAUUUCAAACAAGGGUUCUACGUGGCGAAAAAUUUGGUCUCUCUAAAAGAAGAAGGACUUUUGCAACAGUUAGAAAUCCUACAAGACAUGAAAAACGUCUUGUUAAACUAAUGCUCAGGAGGAGUCAUCAUCAGUGCAAUCGACUCAUGUUACACUAUUUAAUUAUACCAUUGAUAUGUUCUAUAUAAUACACAUCAACAUAGACUCAAUAAUAAUAUAGCGUCGACAA